CAAACGUCGACUGAUGUCGUCCGUCCUCUUCGGUGCUGCACUAGGGUUCUCGGUUCUCCUAUACUAUCGGUAUGGAGGCGAACGGUGGGGAUUCGUCCGAAAUCGUCCGCGAAUUGAGAGAUUUAAAGCUACAGAAGGCAGAACUUGAGCACCGUAUCUCUGCUCUCGAAGCAAAGCUCCAAGAUACCGCGGCGCUUGAACGGUCCAUCGCCGUAUCUAACGGUUGCACUGUUGUUCCAAAGGCGUCAGGGACAAUUGAACACGGGCUUGAACAUGGGCUGUCUCCUGAUCAGAUUUACCGUUACAGUCGCCAGUUGUUACUCCCUUCCUUUGGUGUUGAAGCACAAUCAAAUCUCUUGAAGUCGUCGGUAUUAGUCAUCGGAGCUGGAGGGCUUGGUUCGCCUGCAUUAUUGUAUCUCGCUGCUUGUGGCCUUGGUCGACUGGGUAUUAUUGAUCAUGAUGUUGUAGAACUCAACAAUAUGCAUAGGCAGAUAAUACACACUGAAGCAUUUAUUGGUCACCCCAAAGUGAAAUCUGCUGCUGCUGCUUGUCGCUCGAUAAACUCGACAAUCAAAAUUGAUGAAUAUGUGGAAGCUCUCCGCACAUCCAACGCUCUUGAGAUCCUCAGUCAAUAUGAUAUCAUAGUAGAUGCAACAGACAAUCCUCCAAGCCGUUACAUGAUCAGCGAUUGUUGUGUUCUCUUAGGAAAGCCUUUGGUGUCAGGUGCUGCGCUUGGAAUGGAGGGGCAGCUAACGGUCUAUAACCACAAAGGAGGCCCGUGUUACCGUUGCCUGUUUCCAACUCCUCCACCGACAACAGCGUGCCAAAGGUGUUCUGAUAGCGGAGUUCUUGGAGUAGUUCCGGGUGUUAUUGGCUGUCUACAAGCGCUAGAGACGAUUAAGCUCGCGAGCUUGGUGGGAGAACCACUCUCUGAACGGAUGCUUCUUUUUGACGCUUUAUCAGCAAGAAUCCGCAUAGUCAAGAUCAGAGGCAGGUCAUCCCAGUGCACAGUGUGUGGAGACAAUUCAUCUUUCAAUAAGCAGCAGUUUAGAGAUUUUGACUAUGAGGACUUCACUCAGUUUCCUUUAUUUGCGGGCCCGUUGAAUCUACUUCCCCAAGAAUCAAGAAUCACCAGCAAGGAGUUCAAGGAGAUCCUUGAAAAGAAGGAACGACAUGUUCUUCUCGAUGUUCGACCUGCUCAUCAUUAUAAGAUUGUCUCUCUCCCGGAUUCACUCAACAUCCCUCUCGCAAACUUAGAGGCUCGGGUAGAUGAGCUUACAUCAGCUCUGAAAGAAAAACAAGAGGGACAUGGUAACACCGGAUCUUGCACAAGUCCGAGCCUCUACGUGGUGUGCAGGCGCGGGAAUGAUUCACAGAGAGCUGUUGAGUAUCUUCGUGGUUGGGGUUUUGAUUCAGCUAAAGAUAUAAUUGGAGGACUGGAAGCUUGGGCAGCCGAUGUCAACCCCAGCUUCCCUACUUACUAGAAAUAUGUAUUUUACACUAGUUAUGUCAUGUAAACCCUGUCUGAAUUACAUGUCACUUUCUUAUCAAACCCAUGUUGAAACCCUUUCUAAAAUACAUGCUGACUUUUAGAUGUUAUGAUACAUUGGUAGUUUGAUUCGACAUGUGAAACAAAGAAUAGUGAAUGAUUCAAUCUUCAUACAU